GUGGUGGAAUUCUGAUAACACGCACAAGACUCAAGGAACCCACCAUGUCGACACUUUCGACCAACCCAGACUACUCAGAGGAGUUCGAGGACAAACCACUCCCUUUGAACUUGUAUGACGAAUAUGACGACGAAGAAGAUCUCUGGGUCAAACCAAGACUAGAAAACUUGGUCAAUGGGACGUUGACUCCCAAACAGCUCGCCAUCGACGUUGACGCUAUGAUCACAGAGGAUACAAACCGAAAAUUUGACGAGUUGAUGAAACGACCAGACCCCCGAAAUCUGACCGAGGAAGAGGAAGAAAAUGAGAGCAGCAUAGCGCCCCAUCCCAGAUCCCAUAUCUCUCUAUUGUUCUCUGUCAUUGUGCAACUGUGUACGGCCUUUCCAGCCUAUCACCCGGGACAGACUCAUAUUGUUGAAUUUCUUUUCGCACUGCAAUCCCUCUCCCGCCAUGAAGUCUAUACAGGUCUGCCUCCGAAAGACCCUAGCGAGCCGUAUCGGACUGUGACACUCUGGCCUCUCGAGGAAGAUGGAGGAGACUGGCAGAUGCUUUCGUAUCUUUUUAAGGAGGCGAUGAAAGUAUGGCUUGCUCCAUAUCGCUUGCGGAACCUCAACGCCGCCAUGGCCCGAUUGGCUUCCUUGAAACUUUGCAACUGCGAUAGAUAUAGCGCUCUUCUAUAUAUAAUGCCGUCAAAUAAUGAAUAUCUUGAUUUGGAGGAGCGUCCCAUCGAUGGGCCGAACAGACUGGGUAACAAUUUGAUUGCAGCUGCCCAGUGGAUCUUGCCACUGGAAGAAGGCCAUUUUGCCUAUCAAGAGUGCAAAAAGUUUGAGAGUGAGCCGGAGUGGCCACAUAUUUGGUGUAUGGUGCAUUGGAGGGAAUGGAAGCGUCAGUUUGCUUUUGUUGCGGGUGAUGAGCGAUUUGCUGCAAAGUACAGGGAGGUGGCCGAGCGGUCUUAUUGUCAGAUGCUUGUAUACGAGGAGGAAGAUUCCAAGGGCCAAUAACAAUAAUCAGUAUCAAUCUGCUAAAAUACAUUGUACCUUCCACGACACCUGCACCAAAUGAAGCCUUGGUGCAUCACAC